AUGACCACACAGUCCAUGCCGGCAUACGGCAUCCAGUCUAAAGACACUCAAGAACCUUCCAGCGGGGGCGAGACCCAUGUCCUUAACAGUCCGACAGUCGGACGCCAGAGCGUUAUAGUGCCUCCCGGCUCAUACCCGAGCGUUCCUUCUUCUUCCAUUGGCAUUCUGCACGUCUUAGGUUAUACCCCCGCCGAAGGAGAACAGAACGUUCCCGUCGUCGUAAAUUUCAAUUGCACUGCUGAUCUCGCUGCCGGGUCCCACAUUCGUCUCGUUGUCGGUCGACGGGCCGUGGGUACCAAGGUCCGUGAGCUUGGACCACCUGGCCACGGGCAUUGGCAACUCGAGGCAAACGUUCCUCUGUUCUCCCGGCAUAACGCUACAUCACCAAACCUACCCUUGACAAUUCAGGCCUUGGCCGAUGAUAAGACAGUACUAGACUCUAUCACAUUCGGUGAAUUCACAUACUGGGAGUCAGGGCGUGAAAAAAAUUCGACUACUAUGAUGCGAAAGCACACACCUAGUCUCUCGUCAAAUAGUUCAGCCCUCACACGGACUGCACCUACCGUUGCUGCUUCACUUCCGGAGUCAUCAGAUAGGUUAAGGAGACGGUCUAAGCCAUACAGCCGUCCUUCAACCCCAGCAUCGUCUUCAGAUUCAGAAGCCGGCCAGUCACAGGUGCAAAAAUCACUGACGCGCCCUCAACCACAAACGCAGGGUCUUCGGCGCAUGAGGCAAGCGAUCGAUAUCUCCGAAGACGGUGCCACUGCAAGCCUCGACAUCAUGGUCGUGCUUGACAGCUUCUGCUAUAACUGGGAUGAUUUGGAAAUGCAAGCUGGCAGGCGCCUUGUUCGGUUCUCACGUAUCCGAGACGGGAAUAAACUCCUCGUUUCGGCAGAGCGUAUCUCACCGGGCGACUAUGAUGCUAAAGACAUUGUUAUCUCAUGCAUCUAUCGUGACGAGACUGACUCAUGCUGCGUUACGUCCGUUGACAUCAUCCAUUUGCUCCAGAGGCUCGUCGCCGCAGAGUUCGUCGUCGAGGAAAAGAAUCGUAUUAGACGGAACCUUGAAGGCCUACGGCCUACCACUGUUUCAAAGUCGCGUCCAGGUUUUGAAAGUUUAUUCCAGCGCAUUAUGGAUUUCCCAGAUCCCAAACCGCGGAAGAUCGAAAAAGAUCUCAAGGUCUUCGAUUGGAAGUUGCUUCCCCAAGCAUUGGAUAAGAUUAUAUCCAAAUACUCCCUGAGCAACUUUGGGCCUAUUCCAACAAAGGAAAGCAGUCAGUCAGUUUCCUAUCAGACGCUCACGCAGCGGACCCACAUACAACCCAAACUGGAGUUCUGUCCGUCAUUUGGCGAUGGCGUUCAUUUGGAGGGAUCGCACGGGUCCCAGUCUCAUUUCUCACAGUUUUCUCAACCGUCGUGUGUGCGCCAAUCGCCUCAGCUAGAGUCACCCAUCGAAGAUUCCCUGUUCUACCACAUGCCGGAAGACCAUCUCCAGUCAGUGUAUUAUCCAGGCCACGAAUCUUAUUUCGUCCCGAGCAUGGACCCUUUGCACUAUCCCGUAGAUCCCUCGAUGGCACUUGCCAAUGCGCCGUCACCUAUGUCACCGCUUAGCGCUUACCACCACAAUCCGCCUUGGGACUUGCAAAGUCGGGACAAUAUCACCAUCCCUUCAAGUGUACCUGCCGACCAUCAGCAGCGUCCUGCCUUUGAUUUCAUUCCCUCCCACGAACCCUUCGACAUGUAUUCCAUCCCCCAGUAUGCCAUGCACACCUAUGACUCGUUCGAAUUCCAGACGUUGCGAGAGCACAGCAUGAAUACUUCCUUGGCUAGUCAAGUCGCAUGA